UUGUAGGCCAAAAUUAACCACCUGGUCUGGGGUCCUGGAAGGGUGUAAAAAAUUUUCUUCGCACAUACUAGAUAGUAUUUUUCUGUCUACUUAACAUUUUGAUUUUCGAACAGUUUUUACUUUUGAAAGGAUUUUGAAACAUUAGAUUGAACCAAAUUCAGUAUAUCAUCAUGUCGAUUCUGAAAAAUGGAAUGAAGCUGCUGAUGAGCCGAUCUACUCAAAAUAUUAUUGGAAACAAAACUUGUCUUCACACUCCGUCGGCUCUAGAUGUUGCUAAACCCAUCAGCGCCAAGCCUCAUAUUGCUAGAGCAUACGCUUCGGAUGACUCGAGUGAUGACAAAUUUUCAAACCUGCCUAUUGAUCGUAUAACAUGUACUUUAAUUCCUGGUGAUGGUGUGUAUCCUGAGUUAAUGGAUUCCGUCAAGACAGUUUUUAAAGCAAUUGGUGUCCCCGUCGAUUUUGAAACUAUGUUGUUUUCCGAAGUUCAGCAUAACAGCAGUGCUAAAGUAGAAGACGUCAUUAAAUCAAUUAACCGUAAUAGAAUUUGUUUGAUGGGAGCCUUGAUGAGCCCUGAUGUGAGUUAUUCCGGAGAACUUCAAAAUUUGCACAUGAAAUUGAGAAAAGGUUUAGAUUUAUACUCAAAUGUUGUUCAUGUCGUAUCAUGGCCCGGAGUUGCAUCAAAACAUAAAAAUAUUGAUAUUGUAAUUAUCCGUGAACUUACAGAAGGAGAGUAUUCAGCUCUAGAGCACGAAUCUGUUGAGGGAGUUGUCGAGUGUUUAAAAAUCGUCACAGCGUCCAAAUCGCAGAGAAUAGCAAAGUUUGCUUUUGACUAUGCCCUCAGAAAUAACCGCAAACGUGUGACUUGUGUACACAAGGCAAAUAUAAUGAAAUUGGGUGAUGGAUUAUUUUUGAAAAGUUGUUCCGAGAUCAAACAAUUGUAUCCAAAUGUAAACUUUGAAUCAAUGAUUGUGGACAAUUGUACCAUGCAGAUGGUUUCUAAUCCUCAACAGUUUGAUGUUCUAGUCAUGCCAAACUUAUAUGGUAACAUAUUGGAUAAUUUAGGUGCUGGAUUGGUUGGCGGUGCUGGUGUUGUUGCGAGUUCGUCCUUCAGUCCAGAAUGUGCUGUGUUUGAACCUGGUGCGAGACACGUGUUCCAAACUGCUGUUGGUAAAAAUAUUGCCAACCCGACCGCCAUGUUAAUGUGUGCAUCCAAAAUGUUAAGGCACGUGAAUCUUCAACACUAUAGCGAGUCCAUAAGAACUGCUAUUAGAGAAGUCUUAGCUGCUGGAAAAGUCAGAACCAGAGACUUAGGUGGAUCAAGCAGCACUCACGAAUUCACCGAUGCUGUUAUCAAGGCCAUCGUAUAAAUGCCUAAGGCUUUCAUUAAUUUAUUGUUUUUUUCAAGUUAAAACUUUCCUAAUAUUUAUUUUGUUUUAAUAAUUUAACGUAUUUGAUCAUUUGUACAAUAUUAAAAAUAAUAUAGUUUUUUUUUCUAGAAAAUCAACUUAAGUCGAGUAAAAUAAUUGAGCAGUCAAGAUGUAAAUUUAUCUAUGUAGAAUUAGUGUAUUUAUAAAUUAAAUGAAUUUAUUGACAUUGUUUUUAGUUUAAAAAUAUACUAAAUAAGUAAUAAACGGCCUCUUACUAUGAUUGAGUAUUUUUAAAA